AUGUCGAACGCGGAGCGAGCACUGCGCGGCGUUCUGCAGACGAUAUCAAAGGAGUACGGUUACUGCGAUGAAUACACAACACUAGAGCAGUUGUCGACGGGCGGUGCCAACUACACGUCCCAACUGUACUACAUCACGCUGUCAGCGCCCGGCAAGGAUGACCUCAGGCUGUUCGCCAAGGUCGCCACCGUCAGCGAGAGCGUGCGAGCCCAAAUGCCCUUUAGAAUAUACGAAACAGAGACGUUCUUCUACACCCAACUGCUUAGGAAAUACCAGCAGUUGGAGGAGCGGCACAACGUACCCCACCAACAUAGGCUGGCCACAGCGAAGUACUACGGCAGUUGCGAGGAGUACCUGAAUGAGGUGCUCGUGCUGGAGGAUCUGUCGUCCAAAGGAUUCGAGACGCAUGACAGGCUGAAGAGCUACGAAUGGGAGUACGCGGCGAAGUCCGUACGGGAGAUGGCUAAAUUGCACGCGUUGUCUAUUGCGCUAUUCACCGAGGAGCCUGAAGAGGUUGACAAGAUUUCGGAGACACUAAAGAUAAGCAUGGACAUGGAACAAAUGAAGCAGAUGUUGAAGAGCAUGGCCGAAUCCGUUUUCGUUGUGGUUAAAGAAGAGAACAAAGCUCGGCUGCAGUCCUACCUGAACAGUUUGGAGGACAUGAAAGCCGAUCAUUACUUCAAAGUGAGGCGGGUGCCCGUCAUUGCCCACGGUGACUUUAGACCGAGCAACUUGAUGCAUAAGAACCUUGAGGAUGGUGGAGUCGAAGUUGUCGCCCAGGAUUACCAGACGCUGUGCGUGUCGAACCCGAUCUGCGAUUUGUUUUACUUCAUCUUCAGCGGAUCCGACGAGGAGUUCCGGGCGAAGCACUACCACCAACUCCUGGAUCAUUACUAUAAGGAGUUGUGCAACGCCCUCGCAAGGCUAGGUGUUAAUGCUGAUAGCAUCUAUUCCAGAGAGGACUUCGACUAUGAGAUAAAGGAGUACCGCAAUAUGUCGGACGCGGAGCGAGCACUGCGCGGUGUUCUGCAGACGAUAUCAAAGGAGUACGGCUACUGCGAUGAAUACACAACACUAGAGCAGUUCUCGACGGGCGGUGCCAACUAUACGUCCCAACUGUACCACAUCAAGCUGUCAGCGCCCGGCAAGGACGACCUCAGGCUGUUCGCCAAGGUCGCCUGCGUCAGCGAAAGCGUACGCGCUCAAAUGCCAUUUAGAAUAUACGAAACAGAGACGUUCUUCUACACCCAACUGCUUAGGAAAUACCAGCAGUUGGAGGAGCGGCACAACGUACCCCACCAACAUAGGCUGGCCACAGCGAAGUACUACGGCAGUUGCGAGGAGUACCUGAAUGAGGUGCUCGUGCUGGAGGAUCUGUCGUCCAAAGGAUUCGAGACGCAUGACAGGCUGAAGAGCUACGAAUGGGAGUACGCGGCGAAGUCCGUACGGGAGAUGGCUAAAUUGCACGCGUUGUCUAUUGCGCUAUUCACCGAGGAGCCUGAAGAGGUUGACAAGAUUUCGGAGACACUAAAGAUAAGCAUGGACAUGGAACAGAUGAAGCAGAUGAUGAAGGGCAUGGCCGAAUCCAUUUUCGUUGUGGUUAAAGAAGAGAACAAGGCUCGACUGCAGUCCUACCUGAACAGUUUGGAGGACAUGAAAGCCGAUCAUUACUUCAAAGUGAGGCGGAUGCCCGUCAUUGCCCACGGUGACUUCAGACCGAGCAACUUGAUGCAUAAGAACCUUGAGAAUGGUGGAGUGGAAGUCGUCGCCCAGGAUUAUCAGACGCUGCGUGUGUCGAACCCGAUCUGCGAUUUGUUCUACUUCAUCUUCAGCGGAUCCGACGAGGAGUUCCGGGCGAAGCACUACCACCAACUCCUGGAUCAUUACUAUAAGGAGUUGUGCAACGCCCUCGCAAGGCUAGGUGUUGAUGCUGAUAGCACGUACUCGAGAGAAGACUUCAAAUAUGAAAUAAAGGAGGUUCGGUCGUACGGUCUCCUGAUCGGCAUAAUGAUGAUGCCGGUGUUGACAGUGGAAGCGGAGAACGCGCCAGACAUGAGAGAAUCCACUCGCCUGGAAGACUUCAUCAUCAAACCCAACGAACUGGCCGCAAAGAGAUUGAACGGAGUGAUCAAUGACUUCAUAAAACUCGGUGUAUUG